UUUCUUUCUCCUUCAUUCUCUCUCCCAUCCACCUUCAUUAUCCAAUUCCUUAGACUCUCUCCCCCUUCAUCCUAAAUCUCUCUCUCGCUCUCAUGCAUGGACCUUCAUUAUCCAAUUCCCUAGAUUCUCUUCUUUCUCACCUGCUUUAGCAAUGAAGGAGAGCAAGUCAUGGAGGCCAUUCACAGCAAACUGCUGUUCAGCAGAAGACCACACAGUUCUGGGAAACUUCAGCCGCUGCAGGCCAUCUCGAUCGGAAUUCUCCAAGAACAUAGCUCCAUUACCAUCUUUUCGCCGCUUGUCGUUCUCCGAUCUCAGCCGCUCUUCAUCAACCCGAGUCAAUGAAGACUUGGCACAAUCGUUCGGUCCUGAAUUGCAUGAUUUUCAGCUGAGUGAGCUGCGUGCGAUUACGCAGAAUUUUUCAAGUAAUUUCUUUCUGGGAGAAGGAGGGUUUGGGACAGUGCAUAAGGGUUAUAUUGAUGAGAACUUGAGGCAAGGGUUGAAGGCUCAGGCUGUAGCUGUUAAGCUCUUGGAUAUUGAAGGCCUACAGGGGCAUAGAGAAUGGCUUGCUGAAGUAAUAUUUCUUGGGCAGCUUAGGCAUCCAAAUCUGGUAAAAUUAAUCGGGUAUUGUUGUGAAGACGACGAGCGUCUCCUUGUGUAUGAGUUCAUGCCUAGAGGCAGCCUAGAGAAUCACUUGUUCAAGAGGUUAUCAGUGUCGUUGCCAUGGGGCACCAGGCUGAAGAUCGCAGUAGGAGCAGCAAAAGGGCUCGCGUUCUUGCAUGGUGCUGAGCAGCCUGUUAUAUAUCGCGACUUCAAGACUUCCAAUGUGUUGCUAGAUUCUGAUUUUACUGCAAAAUUGUCGGAUUUUGGACUUGCAAAGAUGGGGCCUGAAGGAUCAAAAUCUCACGUUACUACCCGGGUAAUGGGCACAUUUGGAUACGCUGCCCCGGAAUAUGUCUCAACAGGUCAUUUAACAACUAAAAGCGAUGUUUAUAGCUUUGGAGUCGUGCUACUAGAAAUGCUAACAGGAAGAAGAUCAAUGGAUAAAUCAAGACCGAAAAACGAGCAAAACCUUGUGGAUUGGGCAAAACCCUACUUGACUAGUAGCCGGAGGUUGCGCUACAUAAUGGACCCAAGACUUGCUGGUCAGUACUCGGUGAAAGGAGCAAAGGAGAUUGCCCUCUUGGCAUUACAAUGCAUAAGUUCAAACCCUAAAGACAGGCCGAGAAUGCCCAGCGUAGUCGAAACCCUAGAAGGUCUGCAACAUUUGAGGGACAUGGCUGUCACUUGCGGACAAUGGCCAGCAACACCAAAAUCUACAAGAAAUGGAGCUGCUGUCAAAGGAAGGAGGGAGAAUAAUAGAGUUGGGACUCAAUGUAAAUCCACUCCUAUUGCUCCCAAACCAGAAAAGCUAAGUAAGGGGACCUAAAUGUAAAGAGGUGUAUAUGCUUGUAUGUUAAGGAGAUAAGACAAGUUCCUAAGGCAUGUCUAGUACUAAACCAUGUAAAUAUUGGAGUGGUAUAUGUAUGCAAUACAUAUGGAAAUACUUUUGAGUGUGUAUGAUGAUAAAAUUUGAGCUUUUUCAACACAAGGUUGAUUAAUA